AUGACGUCCGUGGCUGUCCACCAGAGCGUUUUCCAGAAGAAAGGAAGUCCAAACUGUCACCCCGAGGCACUGGGCUGUUCCGGGUCCUUGAGAAGAUCAAUGACAAUGCUUACAAGCUUGAGCUUCCAGAUUCAAGAUCCAGCCGGUCCAAUAGAGGUUCAAGACCAAGCCGGUUCCCUCCAAUUCAGAUCUCUCGGCCAGAACCAAACCGGCCUAACCAUCUCUACAUGUGAUCUCGGUUCAGACACCUCCCCAAGCUCAGCCGGUUCUGAGAGAGACAUGGGAGAUGUCAAUGCUAAUGCUGUUCCAACCCAAGCUGACAUCAACGCACAGCUAAUGGCCGGCCAAGCCCAACUUACGGCCACUAUGAAUGCCGUGACCAAUUCAGAUUCUGAACCACCUGAUCGAGAAGAGCCUCGACCCGCCCACGCCGGACGAGAAGGCCGACGAGAGCAUCGGAUCCAAGGAGAUGGGAGUCCAAUCAGGAGGAGACGCCGAGAGGAUGAAGUCCCUUGGCAAGGAGGAAAGGACCUCAAGCUUAACCCACCAACCUUUGCUGGAAAGGUCAACCCGGACGCCUACGUUGAAUGGGAAAGGCGCAUGGAAUACAUCUUCGAGUACUACAACUACUCUGAGGCCAGGAAGAUAGCCUUAGCCGCGGCCCAACUGACCGAGAACGCUCUAUCUUGGUGGGACAGAGAAGUGUCCGAGACCGGCCGAGUCUAUAGAGUUGAGACUUGGGAAGAGAUGCGAUCCAAGCUUCGCACAAGGUAUGUUCCUGCUUAUUAUCAACGAGACUUACAGAAACGUUUUCGUAAAUUGUCUCUGGGAACGCGGACUGUAGAAGAGUACUAUGAGGAGUUUGAGUCCCUCAGGAACAAGCUCAAGACACGCGAGACGCAAGAGACCAUGAUGGCUCAGUUCAUGGAUGGGUUACAAGACCGCAUUGCCCAAAAGGUGGAGCGCCAGCAGUAUGAGACCUUCCACGACCUGCUUCACUUUGCCGUCCAGGCCGAACAACACAUCAAACGGAAAACGCGUCCACAGCCAGAGGCAGAGGAACAUGGACGCAACCGGCCUCCAAAGGAGUGGACAUGGGCAAGUCCGUGGAUGUGGAGAACCGGUUCAAGAAAAAUCAGACUGAACCGUCCAAGUCUGGCCCAUCCGACCAUGAGAAAGGGACACUAUGCCAGAGAUUGCCCCAACAAGCGUGUAAUGAUCCUCAAGGCUGAUGGUGAGUAUGAAUCCCAAGACGAGGCAGAAGUUGAGACCAUGGUUUCUGAUGAAGAGGUAGUCGAUUAUGCUGAGACCGGAGAGCUACUGGUUACCAGACGAUCUCUUAGUGCUCUCUUCGAUCCUGAAACCGUUCAAAGAGAAAACAUCUUUCAUACAAGAUGUAGCGUGGAACAAAAGGUAUGUAGCUUGAUCAUAGAUGGUGGUACUUGUACUAACGUGGCCAGCAAGUAUCUUGUUGAUAAGCUAGGUUUGGCCAAGACGCCCCAUCCGCGGCCAUAUCGGCUCAAGUGGCUCAAUGAUGAGACUGAGCUCCGGAUAGCCGAGCAAGUGGUUGUGUCUUUCAGUAUUGGUAAAUACCAUGAUCAGGUCAAGUGUGACGUUGUGCCUAAGCAAGCCGGCCACAUACUUCUAGGACGGCCAUGGCAGUUCGAUAAGGAGACCAUUCAUCAUGGCCGGACCAAUGUCUAUAGCUUCAGCCACAACAACAAGAAGCACAGCCUAGCACCUCUAAGUCCUCAAGAGGUUUAUGAGAUGCAACAAGCAAUGGAUUAUGCCAGCAAGGUAAGUAAGACUAACUUAUACAUCACUUCCAGCCAAGUAGUUAAGUCUUUACACCAUGAGACGCAUGUGCUGCUAAUGGUCUUUAGAGAAAGUUGUUUUGCAGGGAUUGAGGCCACGGAGUUACCAGGCGAAGUACAAGGCCUCAUGGAGCAAUAUAAGGACGUCUUUCCUGAUGAGAUCCCAGCCGGCCUACCUCCUAUCCGAGGCAUAGAACAUCAGAUCGAUUUUGUGCCAGGCGCACCCUUGCCAAACCGAGCGGCCUACCGAGUUUACCCAGAAGAAGCCAAGGAGUUGGAGAGACAGGUCCAAGACCUCAUGGAUAAGGGUUACAUCCGGGAGAGUCUUAGUCCGUGUGCUGUUCCGGUUCUAUUGGUUCCAAAGAAGGAUGGAACAUGGCGCAUGCGUGUGGACUGCCGGGCCAUCAACAACAUAACCAUCAAAUAUCGGUACCGAAUACCUAGACUAGAUGAUAUGCUGGAUGAACUAAGUGGGUCUGUUGUGUUCUCUAAGAUUUAUCUCAGGAGUGGAUACCACCAAGUUCGAAUGAAGGAGGGAGACGAGUGGAAGACAGCCUUCAAGACCAAGCAAGGUCUAUACGAAUGGCUGGUCAUGCCGUUUGGCCUCACCAACGCCCCCAGCACCUUCAUGAGACUCAUGAACCAGGUUCUUCGACCUUUCAUAGGGAAAUUUGUGGUUGUGUACUUUGAUGACAUACUGAUCUAUAGCCACUGUUUAGAUGACCACCUUAGACACCUUGAACAAGGCCCGAAGGUAGAUGAAGAGAAGAUCAAGGCGAUCCAAGACUGGCCUACACCUACCACCAUUGGCCAUGUUCGCAGUUUCCACGGCCUGGCCAGUUUCUAUCGGCGGUUCGUCAAGGAUUUCAGCACCAUAGCCGCUGCCUUGACCUCUGUGAUCAAGAAGAACGUAUCCUUUAUUUGGGGACCAGCCCAAGAAGAGUCUUUUAACAAGCUUAAAUAUAGUUUGACUCAUGCACCUGUCCUUACUCUGCCGAACUUCGAUAAAACUUUUGAGAUUGAAUGUGAUGCUUCAGGGACAGAUCAUGAGACGCUUAAACACAUAAGAGGACAGACCACACUCAAGAGGAGGCACGCCAAAUUGUUGGAGUUUGUGGAGACUUUUCCUUAUGUGAUUAAGUAUAAGAAGGGCAAAGACAAUGUGGUGGCUGAUGCCCUAUCCCGGAGACAUACUCUUAUCUCGACCAUGGAAGCUAAGAUCAUGGGUUUUGAAUUCAUUAAAGAUUCUUAUGCCACUGACCUUGAUUUUCAAGAAGCUUUCAGGAAAACCACACAAGGAGCAUUCGGUGUUUAUUACCAGCAUGAAGGUUUCUUGUUCAAAGAAAAGAAGUUAUGCAUUCCCAAAGGCUCGAUGAGGGAACUGCUGGUUCGGGAGGCUCGUGGUGGCGGCCUCAUGGGACAUUUUGGCCGAGACAAGACCCUAAGUGUCCUGACCGACCAUUUCUUUUGGCCAAACAUGAAACGAGAUGUGGAGAACCUAUGCGCCAAAUGCAUUGUCUGUCUCAAGAUAAAAUCCAGGUUCUCCAAGACGGCUCACUUCAUACCUUGUGACAAAACCAAUGACGCUACCCAGAAAGCCGAUCUGUUCUUUAAAGAGGUGGUACGUCUCCAUGGUAUUCCGCGAACCAUUGUGUCCGACCGAGACUCUAAGUUUCUAAGUCAUUUAUGGAAGACACUAUGGGGUAAGAUCGGUACAAAGCUAUUGUUCUCGACCACUUGCCAUCCACAAACGGACGGCCAAACUGAGGUAGUAAACCGUACACUCUCUCAGUUGCUGAGAGCUACGGUCGGUAAGAACUUGAGGAACUGGUUAUCCUGUUUACCGUUUAUUGAGUUCGCUUACAACCAUGCUAGACACUCUGCCACUGAACUUUCUCCUUUUGAAGUUGUUUAUGGUUUUCAGCCUGAGAUGCCUUUAGACAUGUCCGAACUGCCAAAGUCUAUGUUCUGCAGCCGAGAAGGUGCAACUAAGGCCGAGUUCGUUAAGAACAUGCAUCGGAGGGUUCGAGAGAAGUUAGAGGCAAAGGCGGCCAAGGUCAAAGCCCGUCUCGACCAGAAGAGAAAGGAGGUGCUGUUUGAACCAGGCGACUUAGUGUGGUUACACAUGAGGCCAUAG